CAUAAGCUAUACGUACUGCGGUAUUUUGCAUGUGAAGCACUCUGUUUGAUCAACAUCCUUUUGCAACUAUGGAUGAUGAAUAGUUUCUUCGAUGGUGAAUUUUAUUCCUACGGAUGGAAGGUGAUGAAGUUUUCAGAACAGUCGCAGGAACAACGUGUGGAUCCAAUGGUAUAUGUUUUUCCCCGAGUGACGAAAUGUAUUUUUUACAAGUUCGGAGCAUCAGGCACAAUACAAAAGCAUGACUCAUUGUGUAUCCUUCCUCUGAACAUUGUCAAUGAAAAAACAUAUAUAUUUAUAUGGUUUUGGUUCAUUAUAUUAGCCGCAAUGCUGUCUGGUUUGAUGAUAUACAGAGCUAUGAUUAUAUUCAUGCCGUCAUUUCGUGUCCGCUUGUUGAAUACAAUCAAUCGAAUGGUGCCUCGCGAAGCAGCUGAAGCGAUUUCUCAGAAAACUGACUUAGGUGAUUGGUGGAUAAUAUACAUGUUGGGGGGAAAUCUUGAUCCUCCAAUAUUCAAAGAUGUAGUAGCUGAACUUGCAAAGCAGAUAGAACCACCGCAUAAAAAUGGAAAACACAUACUCUAGACACACUUGCAUGGAUUUUUAAACCGUUAGGCAUUUUUAGACGUUAGAACUGCCAUGUAAAAGCACAAGUUGUGCACAGAUUUUAUACUCAUAGAUA